GCUCUGACGACCCAUGGCGACGGUCCGGGCGGGGCCGGCGGCGCUCCAAAGUGACGGCUCUGUCGCGCGCCGCUGUGGGCGGGGGAGUGAGGAGAGGAGCGGUGUCAGUCACCGGCGGCCCGCACCCGGCCGCCCGUACCCACUCGGGUCGAGGUCGACGCCGCCGUACAGGAGUCGGUGCCGGCGUCGGCGGCCGGCAGACCGACUCCCGACGCCGCCGGCGACGACAGCAGACCGAGUCCCGACGCCGCCGGCGACGACAGCUCCGCGCGGCCGCCCCGACAGACCGGACAUGUCGCUCCUCCACCGCGUACUGAUCCUGUGCCUGCUGCUGGUUCAGCUGGCCCGAAUCGACGCCCAGUUCUUCACUGACACGGGAACGAUGAAGGUGAUGCCGCGCGUCAGAAGGACCCAGCAGAUGCCGGUCGGAGAUGAUGAGGUGCUGGCUUUGGAAACGAGAAGUGGGACAAUCCUGCAUCUGGUGCCUUUCGCGACGACGUCAUCCGGGGAGCGAGUGUUUAUCGAGAACGUAAGAGCAUAGCGCGGCCCAAGUGCCAGGCCUGAUGACAAACGGCGCGGGCUCUCGCCGGGAGGAGAAAAGCGCCACUGACCAGCCUGUGUGUGGGCCGGUCAGUGGGUGGAUUGGUGCUAUUGAUCGGCCGAGGCGGCGGUGAUCUCCAUCAUAUAGUCACCGCGAUCUCCAUAACAUAACGUCUGCGUGCCAGAUAAUAAUCAUGCGCGGUCGGUAUGUAACAAGUGGUAUUUUCUGGCCAAGGCACAAACCUUGUGUAAAUAGCCGUGACAUUAUUAAUUUCGGCCAGUCAGGCCUGCGCUGAGCUCGUAAACCCAGUCCGGUCCGGUCAGUCUCCUCAGUCUGACGUGGUUUGAUCCAGUCAGACCUGAACGGACGCGAUCGACCUAGUUCUCCCGGACUCGGAUUAGUCCAUGUCGGGACAAUGUGCAGCGCGUGGGAGGCGAAAAGUGUUCAGGAGCUAUGUAGGAUGACGUUUGUUUGCAGUGUGGGACGCCAAUAGCUUCAUUCACAGGACGACGAUCAGAAUUCAGUGGAACGGGCUCGCAGUCCUUACUUCGAAUAUUUCCCGUAAUUCGUUGCAGACCAUGACAAGGUGAUACAAAGCGUGCGAAUAUUUUCGUAAUAUUUAGAAACAAUAGGAACGAAUCGAUGUAAAUAUGCACACGAGGCUGACUGUGUGUUAUCGAAAUAAUAAAUAAAACAGCUGAGACAACCA